AUGAAAUUAGGAUAUAAUGAAAUAAUGAUAACAUCAAUGUAUUUUAAUGAUAUUAAAGAUUUUAUUAAUUUAGAAAUAGGAGUUAAAAGAUUUCAAGGAAAUAUAGAACGAUUUCAUUUUAAUCCAAUUCCAUUAAAUGAAUAUUCAAGAAAAUUAUUUACUAAUAUUGAAACAUUUCAUAUUUAUAAUAAAAAAGAUAAAACAUUUAAUGAUGGAAAAAUAUUUAAACAAGUAAUAUGGUAUCCAGUAAAUUAUUCAAAAUAUUUAAAAGAGAAAGAAGCAUGGAAUGAAUGUAAAAAUAUAAAAUAUACAUAUCAAGAUAGAAAUAAAUAUGGAAAUAUAAUACCAUUAGAAGUUAAAUCGCUUGGGUAUAAAUGUUUUGAAUAUUGUAAUUCAUUAACAACAAUUAAUAUACCAUCAUCAAUAAGUAAAAUAGGAGAUUGUUGUUUUAGUUAUUGUUCAUCAUUAAAAUCAAUUAAUAUACCUUCAUCAAUUAUUAAAAUAGGAGAUGGUUGUUUUUAUAAAUGUAUAUCAUUAACAUCUAUGAAUAUUCCAUCAUCAAUUAUUAAAAUAGGAGAUGAAUGUUUUUAUGAAUGUUCGUCAUUAAUAUCAAUUAAUAUACCAUCAUCAAUUAGUGAAUUAGGAGAUAGAUGUUUUGAAGAAUGUUCAUCAUUAACAUCAAUUAAUAUACCAUCACCAGUUAUAUCAAUAGGACAUUGGUGUUUUAGAGAAUGUUCAUCAUUAACAUCUAUGAAUAUAGAUAAUUUACAAUUUAUUAGUGAAGAUAGAAUAUUUAUGAAUGAACCAGUACUAGUUAGUGUUCAAAUACCAGAAAAUCUACAAAUAAUCAAUGGAAAGAAUAUUGAAAAGAAAGACAUUAAUAAAUUUAUUAUUCCAUCUUCAAUUACUAAAUUAGGAAAUUAUUGUUUUAAUGGAUGUUAUUCAUUAAAAUCAAUUAAUAUUCCAUCAACAAUUAAUGAAUUAGGAGAUUGUUGUUUUAGUUAUUGUUCAUCAUUACAAUCAAUUAAUAUACCAUCAUCAAUUAGUAAAUUAGGAGAUGAAUGUUUUUAUUUAUGUACAUCAUUAAAAUCAAUUAAUAUACCAUCUUCAAUUAUAUCAUUUGGAGAUGGAUGUUUUUAUGGAUGUGGAUGUGAAGAUGAAUUAAUGAAAAAUAAAAGAAUACCAAGAAAAUGUUUUAAAUGGUGGUGA